AUGGUUGAGCAGCCGCCGGCGCAGCCCAGACUCACGCCCCAGUUCUGCCUGUCAACAGCUACGUUGCGAGAAUUCCUGCGGGUAUCUCGCAGCACUAUAGACGAUUCUAUUACCCAGAACCUCAACGCCCUCGUAACGCCUGCCUCGCGCGGGUUCGACCCCAACUCGACCUCUCAGCGAACCCCGCGCCCCCGGCCGGAUGAACAGAUUGGGCGCCGCUCGUGCCAGAACUUCAAAGACAAGGUCCUCUUCCCCACGUGGCAAGCCCGCUCCGACGUCUUGAGCUACUGUGCGCUGGUGGCCACCAGCCCGGACCCUAGCGACCCGGAUGCCGCAGUGCGGGAAGCUGAGUUGGUGAGGAACAGGGAGAGAGUCGUCGACGAGAGGUUAGACCCAUACUCAGCACGCUAUUUCCCACGCGAGCCCAGAACGACGCAGCUGGCCGUGUUGCUGCGGCAGGAGCAGGGCAUCGAGAACAUUGUCAGGUCCAGGACGUGGGGUCUCGUUCGGGAAAGAUGUGGUGACUCUGCCGACGACUGGGAGAGGGCGCUUGGCGAUUGGAGGGUAAGGAAUGGCGCAUAG